CUUCUUGUGUCAGAGGCCUAUUCGCAUUCUUGGCUUUCCCCAUUUUAUGAGCAAGUUGUAGUUAUGUAGAUGAUCAGUUACUGGUUCUUGUGUCGAUGAAUCCCGCUGUGGUGCCUGCGGAGACCAAACUCACCGCUUGGCGGUCGACCCGUCGGAGAAAAAAUGGGAGACCCAAAAAAAAAAGUUUCCCGCACCUUUUUUGGUAGGCUUCAGAUUGCGCUGCUUCAACCUAGCAUACAACGCACACCAUCCAGAAACAUGGCGCCCGAUAAGAAGGAUAAGAAGCGCAAGGCUGCCACCACAGUAGCCGCCGACUCGCCCGCAAAGAAGACCAAGAAGGUCGAGGCCAAGCCUAGCGAAGCCCCCAAAGAAACCCCCAAGUCUAUUCUGAAGAAGAACAAGAAGGAUGCCGCUGCUACAGAGCAAAAGUCCGCUUCCAAAGUGAAGCUCAAUGGCGAGCCAGCAAGACAAGUCAAGCCUCGCAAGCGUGCGGCGGAUUUCCUCAGCGACGACGAGAGCGAGCCGGAAGUUGUUGCGUCCGAACCGAAGGCCGAUACAGAGGAGAAGAAGCAGCCCAGCAAGAAGAAGUCGAAGAAGGAAGACGGCACCCCUGCGCCCGCUACAAAAGCCAAGCCAAGUGCUGCUGCUGCGAAGCCCAAGGCGAAGAAGCCUGAGCCUGUCGUCGAAGAGUCGGACGAUGAGGAUAACGAGCAGGUCCCUGUUGUCUCCGAUGAGAGCUCUGAAGACGAGGAAGUUGAUACGCUAGACGAUCAGACCGCCGCUUUGAUCAAGGGCUUUGAGAGCAGCGGCGAUGAGGACGAAUCCGGAGACGAAGGAUUUGACCCUGACCAGCCGGUUCCCAAGAUCCCCGAUUCCAAGAAGGCGAAGCGCAAGAUCUUGAAGAAGCAAAAGAAGCACGGUGAGCCCCAAGCUCCCGGAACGGUUUAUAUUGGACGUAUUCCCCAUGGUUUCUACGAACAUCAGAUGCGCGCUUACUUCUCCCAAUUCGGCGAAAUUACUCGCCUGCGUCUCUCCCGUAACCGCAUCACCGGUCGCUCAAAGCACUACGCUUUCGUGGAGUUCGCCUCGAACACUGUUGCCAAGAUUGUCGCGGAGACUAUGGAUAACUACCUGAUGUAUGGCCAUAUCCUGAAAUGCAAAUACGUCCCCUCCGAUCAACUGCACCCGGAGGUUUGGAAGGGUGCCAACAGACGAUUCAAGCGCACCCCGUGGAACCGCAUCGAGAAGAAGAGGCUGGAGAAGGGCAAGACGAGGGAACAAUGGUCGGAGCGCAUUGAGCGGGAACAGAAGAGACGACUUGCAAAGGCCGAGAAGCUGAAGGCUCUGGGUUAUGAGUAUGAGCUUCCCCAGCUGAAGAGCGUCGACGAAGUUCCUGUCCAAGAAGAAACCAAGGCGAUUGAAGCUGCCGAUGCGACUGCCGAUGAGCCCGUGAAGGCUAUCGAGGCACCCGCGGCCCAGGAGUCCAAGGAGACCACCGUGGACGAGACUCCUAAGAAGUCUAAGAAGGAGAAGAAGGGAAGCCAAUCGACUCCUAAGCAGGGAACACCCAAGCACGAUGGCGAAAAGGCGUCGGCGAAAAAGGGAGUAAAUGGAGCCGCCGCUUCACCGGCUACAAAGGCUGGGGCCAAGGACAAGAAGGCUAAGAAGGCAAAGGCUUAGGGCUAUUGUUUCCGUGUUCUCUGUAUCUUGUUAGCACAAAAGGGUUUGCUAUUGUUUGGGAUAAACUGUUGAAUGUAUAUGUCUGUGACAAGAGUUGCUGUAACCGCUCUAGCCUGCUCGGCUUCAAGUAGAAUCUCAUAAGAC